AUACACCACAAAUACUUUCAGUCGGUCUAGCGCCACUAACUUAAGCAAACCAAGAGGACAGAGUGCAGAAAUCCAUGUGAUUUAUUUUACAGUCCAUUUCCUUGGAUGGGUCGUGGGUAAUGUAGUUCAUGACUGCCAUUGGUUGAGAUAAUGAGGCGCGGGACUUCUGACGUUGUCCCCUUGUCAUGAGCUGGUGGCCACCACGUUAACUUUCACCUCCACAUCCCUGACCCAGCUGACAGAGUAGUUGUUCUGGGAACGUCGUGCAUGCACCCUUCGCCCUGAUAUAGCUGGGUAGUCAUGAUGGAAGGACGAUGUGCUGCUGAGUCCUGGGCUGAGUUCGGCUGUUUACUAAAAUCUGGGACACCGCUGGUCAGGUGUGGUUUGGGGACGGAUGUUUUCAUCUCGACUGGCAGUGAGGAGAUCUUUGUCUUCACUGCGCUGAAAAGAAAUCUCAAGGCAGUGCUUCAGUUGCCGUCUCCUGUGAGGGAUCUGGUUGUCAGCAAUGGCACGCAGCUCCUCUUUGUGGCAUGCAGUAGUGGAAUUUAUUGUGUCAACCUCCAGCUGCUGUUACACAGCGCCUCCACUGAUGCGGGUUCUGGUCCCGCUGAGCUGAAGAUCUCCUCUGAGUUUCUUGUUGUCGCCGAUGGAGUGUCGUCUCUCCUCCUCGUUGGCUCUGUGCUGCUGACCCUUUGUCAGACAGACUCGUCCUGGUUGUUGACUUUGUAUAAAACACCAGAACAGUCCCAGUCUAACCACUGUGACGUGCUUAGUUCCUUCUUUCUGCCACUAGUCUCACCUUCUGUACAAGGCGACGCGGAGUCAAAAUCUGUACUGAUUUGUGUCUACUUUAGUGAUAUGACACAAUCCUCUUCCUGUGCUGCAGCAUCAGAUGCAUGUUCGUCUGGUUCCCACUUUCUCCUCCAGGCUGUUCUUUUUAAGCUUUUGUUCGGGGUGGAAGCUGCGCUCUCCAAGUCACCGGUUAUCCUUUGUGGCCUGCCAGAUGGACGCCUGUGCUUCCUCCCGAUGCGCCUCCCAGGAUCCCGGCUUCGGAUUCUCCAUAGCCUCGAGCAGCCAGUCGUGUUUAUUGGAGCAUCUGCUGUCAUGGAAACUGAUGCAGGUGGUGCAGGGUGUUUGAUUGCUCUGGGAAAACAAGGCAGAGUGGUGCUGAUUAAGGCUGACAGGGCCGGGUCAGAGAGAGGAGGCAGCAUCGCCGGUUUUACUGAAAGGUGUGUCCCUGGACCUGUGGAGUGUGCCUGUGUGAGCAAAUGCUACCUUUACUACAGCACCGGAUCAGACCUCCUCAUGUUGGGUCUGUCAGAGGGUUCUGCUGGGAAAGGACAAGAUGAGGGGGCAUCCAGGUGGAGUGAUGCUGCUCUUUACAGACCCGUCAGUCUGAAUGUGAGCGGAGUCAUUGCUUUGGAUCAGCCUACAUGCAGCGCUGCAGGUGAAGUUCAGCUGCUCAGCCUGUCGGUCAGAGGGCGGCUGCAGAAGAUCAGUCUCCCUGUCAGGAAACAAGAGGAAGGAAUGUCCAAGCUUCCCUCCUCACAGGUUGGCCGCAGUGUUGGGGACCUCCUUUCGGCCAUUGGGGAUGUUUGUGAAAGAGCAUCAGUGCUGAAAACUGUCAUCAAAUCUAAAAAUCAGAUUCUGAAGCAGCUGAAUCAAGUGGUUAACAUAAGUUUCCUGCUGACCGACAGUGCAAAGACUGAAGACAGGCUCAUCAGGUGUAAUGCUUUGGUAAGGUGGAGCAGACUGCUUCAAAAAGACUCCCUGGGUCUCACAUGUAUCCUGGAGAAUCUAAGUCCCUAUGUCCUGGAGCGAGGUUGGACGCUGAGCAUCAUGGUCCUUCCUCUGUCCUGUUCUCCAAAAGCAAGAGAGGAAACCUGCUCUGCAAAUUUCUCAUUUCCAUUCCGCCGUCUCUGUCCAGGGGAGUCCUUGGAGGUGUCUCUGCCUGUCGCAGCUGCAGGCGAUGCCUCCUUCCCCGUAACCGUGACCUGCUCGCUCAUUUUCUCCGUCUGGAGUUUCCUGGGAGGGGACGGGUCAACGACCUUUCCUGACUUACACAACGGCUGCUUCAGUUUGCCCUUAAAUACCCUGACGGUGGACUGGCUGCACGCCCUGCGAGUAAUCAGCCCCACAUCUGCACAGAAAACCGUUACAUCGCACUCCGGCAGCAAUCCAGCAGACAUCAUCCAGGCUUUUAUUAGCUCACACCAGAACCGGGUCAGAGGAGGAGAUGGGGCUUCCAGGCCGCACCAGUAUUAUGCUUGUGUUCGUGUGUCAUCAGAGUUACUGAGGGAUGCACUGAGGUUGCAGAGACAUGAUUCAGACUCAAAUGGGUCUAAGUUGGCCUCUCAGAGCUCUUGUGUGUCUCUGCUUGAAUGGCUGUUGUCGGCAGGUUGUGGAGGAGUGAAGAUGGGGCAUAGUGGAGACCAGACUGGCAUAAGCAGUUCAGUGGUCUGUGGCCACGCACCAAAUAAAGCCACAGUUAAACUGACUGCAAAAGAGGUAAAUUUAGAGGAGGAGAGUCCUGGGAAGGAGUCCUUGGUCAGCGUGGAGGUUCAGGUUGAGAGCUCGUCAGUAGCAGCCGUGUGCGGCCUGCACCACGCCAUGCUGCGUCGCAUUCAGAUGCUGCUGCAAAAGGCCCCUCAGAAAGCCUGUUCCUUCAGCGAAGUGCAGAUUUCAGCUUUGAGACGAACACUACAGCAAGCCGAGAGUCAGCAGGGUCAAAUCUCAGAGGCCUUGAGCGUGGCCAUGUCCCCUGGGCAGACUCACCAGAUCCUUCUCCGUGUUUACCAACAACUCAGAGACAGUCCUGUCCUCAUAGUAUAACACCUACUCAGCUGCUCUCAACCUUGCCUGACGUCCUGCAGCGUGAUUAAGAAGCUGCAUCCAUGGUAUCUAAUUAACUUCAGCCUGUAUAUAUGCUGUAUAUUAUACUUCAGUAUCUCAGACAACAGAUGAUUCAGAGCAUGCAAAAGUAUUCACACCCCAAUGAACCUUUUCACGUUUUAUGGAAGUGGAAGGAAAAUAAUAAACGGGUUUCUUUUUUUUCCAAAUAAAAAAAUCUGAAAAGUGUGGGGUACCUUAGUAUUCACCCUGUCUUCUGUUUCUACCUGCUUUUACACCUGAAGACUGAAAGUUUCUUCUUGGCAAUAAAAGCUCAGGCUCAGUCAGAACCUGCAACAGCAAUUUCCCAGCCUUGUCAAAUAUUCUUUAAUUGAUUUAGGCCUGGUAUCCAUUCUAACACAUUAAUAUGUUCAUUCAGUCGUAGCUCUGGCUGUAUGUCUAGGAUGGUUGUCCUGCUAGAAGGUAAACCUCUACUACUACAGCCUCACAUCUUUUCAGCCUUUAACACGUUUUCUUCCAGGAUUGUCCUGGUUUAUCUCCAUCCAUCUUUGAUCAAUUCUAACCAGUAUUCUUGUCCCUGUUGAAGAAAAGUAUCUCUGCAGCAGUGUUUCUGCCACACAUAGUGAAAGUUCGGCCCAGACCACCUUCUUCCACAUGUUUGCUGUGUGGUAAAUUACAAUUUUUUAUGGCCUUUCAACAAUGGCUAUCUUCUAGAAAGACCAGAUUUGUGGAGUGUAUGAUUCAUAGUUUUCCUGUUCGCAGAAUAUCCCCCCUUAGCUGUGGAUCUCUGCAGCUCCUCCAAAGUUACCAUGGAGCUGUUGGCUUCUUCUCUGCUUAAUUCUCUCCUUUUCCAGCCUGAGUUCAGGUGGAUGGCCAUGUUUUGGUGGAUUUGCAGUUGCCCCAUACUUUCAAUUUUCAGAUGAAAGAUUGAACAGAGCUCUGAGAUGUUUAAGGUUUGGCAUAUUGUUCUUUAACCCUAACCCUGAUCCAAACUUCUCCACAAUGCUCCCCCUGACCUGUGCUGUGCUCCUUGGUCUUCGUGAUGCUUCUUGAUCUCUAAUGCUCUCUAAAGAGCCUCUGAGGCCUUCACAGAUCAGCUGCAUUCAUAUUGAGAUUAAACUAGACAGACUCCAUUUACAGUUAGUUAACUUCUGAAUGCAGUUGGUUCCACUGGUUUUAUUUAGGGGUAUCAGAGUGAAAGGAGCUUAAUAUGAAUGAUCAUCACAGUUUUCAUAAUUUUGUUAAAAAAAACAUAGAAAACCAUGCAUCCUCUUCCUUCCUCUUCACGAUUAUUCCUUGCUUGGUGUUGGUGUUUAUGAUCAAACUCUCUUUUGUAGUUGAACAUUGUGAAGGGAAAGAAUAAAAUAUAUUUAAAUGGU